CUACUCUCUCUCUCUCUCUCUCUCUCACACACACAUUCAUUCUGCUCCUGUCGACUCGACCGCUCACUCACUCGCUGGGACAGAGAAACACACACAGCACCUCAGCCAUCACACGCAGGAGGAGAGGAAGAUCUGAGUCCUGCACCUCAGCAGGGAGGAGAAGAAAGAGAGGGAAAAACAGGACAGAGCGAGAGAGAAGAAGACAGGGAGACGUUUUAGCACAAUCUGGAAAGGCCUGUGUGUACGCUCCAGAACCUUGCCCCCUCAAGCUGCCUGUGUGUGAGAGUGUGUGUAAGUGUGUGUGAGGAUGCGGGGUGUGUGUUUAUCGCUCUCUCUGCUCGUGUGUGUGUGGCUCCUGCCCUGCGCAGAGUCUCAAAACCCCGCCUACAAUGACACGUACACGGAAUGCACAGAUGGAUAUCAAUGGGACGCAGAAUCUCAACACUGCAAAGACAUAGACGAGUGUGAGAGCAUCCCAGAGGCCUGUAAGGGGGAGAUGAAGUGCUUCAACCACUACGGGGGCUACCUGUGCCUGCCCCGCUCCGCCUCCGUCCUGACCGCGCCCGAGCCGGCCGGCCAAUCAGAGCACAGCCUGCCCGUGGAGGGAAACGAGGCCUUCAACCCCUGCCCGCCGGGCUACGAGGCCCAGGGAGAGAGCUGCCUGGAUGUGGACGAGUGUGCGCUGGACCUGCACGACUGCCAGCCCAGCCAGCAGUGUGUGAACACGGCCGGGGCCUUCACCUGCCAGUGUCCUGACGGCUACAGCAAGAUCGGGCUGGAGUGUGUGGACAUAGACGAGUGCAGGUACAGGUACUGCCAGCAUCGCUGUGUGAAUGUUCCGGGCUCUUUCUCCUGCCAGUGUGAACCUGGCUUCCAGCUGGCCGGAAACAACCGCUCCUGCAUCGAUGUGAACGAGUGUGACAUGGGCGCCCCCUGCCAGCAGAGGUGUUAUAACACCUACGGCACCUUCCUCUGCCGCUGCGACCAGGGAUACGAGCUCGGGCCCGACGGAUACAGCUGCAACGAUAUUGAUGAAUGUGGGUAUUCCAGUUAUCUGUGCCAGUUCCAGUGUGUGAAUGAGCCUGGAAAGUUCUCCUGUAUCUGUCCUGAGGGGUACCAGCUACUGGGGUCACGACUCUGCCAAGAUGUGAAUGAGUGUGAAACGAGUGAGCACCAGUGCUCUGAUGGACAGACCUGCGUCAACAUUCACGGGGGCUACCAGUGUGUCGACACCAACCGCUGCACAGACCCCUACGUCCAGGUGUCAGACAACCGGUGUGUGUGUCCCGUGGUGAAGCCAGCCUGUCGAGAGCUGCCCUUCUCCAUCGUGCAUCGCUACAUGAGCAUCAGCUCGGACCGCUCCGUCCCGUCGGACAUCUUCCAGAUCCAGGCCACCAGCGUGUACCCCGGGGCCUACAACACCUUCCGCAUACGCAGCGGGGACGCCGGCGGGGACUUCUACAUCCGGCAAAUCAACAACAUCAGCGCCAUGCUGGUUCUGGCUCGGCCAAUCACGGGGCCCAGAGAGUACGUCCUGGACCUGGAGAUGGUCUCCAUCAACCCCCUCAUGAGCUACCAGACCAGCUCCGCCCUCAGACUCUCUAUACAUGUGGGGCCUUACCCCUUUUAACAGGAGAGAGAGAGAGAGGGAGAAAGGGAGGGAGAGAGGGGGAGAGAUGCUAGAGGAGAGAGAUGGAGGGAGGCUGGCUUGUGGAAAGAGAAAUGGAGGGUAAAUUAAUUCAGAUUAGAGGAGGAGAUGACAGAAUUAGAGGGAGUGAGAGAGAAAGGGAGAGAGAGACACAGGCUUGUCCUCGCCCGCCCCGUAUAUCUACUGACUAGAACAGCACAAAGUGUGAAAACAGAAGAAUAAUAACAGCAAUCUGUGAAAACACACUUCUGUCUCUCUCUCUCUCUCUCUCUCGUUUUUCCUCUCUGUCUCUCUCUCUCACUGUCUCUGUAUCUCUAUCAGAACAUUGAUGUAGCAGAGAGAGUGAGGGGGAGGAGGGUGGGAGGGCACUGACUAUGCCGUUCAAAAUAGGUUCCCACUGUACAUAGAGAAGCAGGAGGAACUGUGAAGGAAACUGUUAAAUGUGCAUUCAACAGAAACCCCAGAGGCAGACGUCCGAGCGCUGAACAUGUGGAUCUGGGUCUCCUCGGCCAGCUCACUGUUUUGGCCAGUCCCAGACCGCAAACAAGGCGUGUUCCUGUGUUCUGUGUGUGUAAUGAAAGUAGGCUAAAUGACUACUCACCAAAGUUACUAGUAUCAUAGCAUGUAGAUGCGUUCUAACUGGGGCGGGGUGUCCGCGGGUGAAGAUGAGUCUUCCUGUGCACUGAACGCGCUCAUUCUUACGCGCUGACGUCCUGCCCCCCCCCCCCCGCUGUGGCGGGUCUGACUAAACCCUGCUAAUCUCCGUGUGCCAGUCUUAUAUCUGACGGAUCUGAACGUGCUCGACUUUCUGAUUUUGUCAUUGUCAUUUUUUUCCUUUCUUGUUUUGUUUUGGUUCAGGAUUUCCUUUUUUGUUUGUUUUUUUACUAAAAUUAAAUAAAAUAUUCAAGAGUUUAAA